AUGACUUCUACCACCAAACUAAAAGUUUUAGGAAUCAAUAUUGAAACAAUUAAGUUACUUUUACAAGUAAUUAUCUUCAUUUCAAUUGCUGGAGCCUCAAUCUCUUCUAGAUUGUUCUCCGUCAUUAGAUUUGAAAGUAUAAUUCAUGAAUUCGAUCCAUGGUUCAAUUUCAGAGCUACCAAAUAUUUAGUCAAUCAUUCAUUCUAUGAUUUUUUAAAUUGGUUUGAUGAUAGAACUUGGUAUCCUUUAGGAAGAGUUACGGGUGGUACAUUAUACCCAGGGUUAAUGGUUACUUCAGGAGUCAUUUGGCAUACUUUAAGAGAUUGGUUUGGUUUACCAAUUGAUAUUAGAAAUAUUUGUGUAUUAUUAGCUCCAGCAUUUUCAGGUUUAACAGCUAUUUUUACAUACUUUUUAACCACAGAAAUGAAAGAUUCCAAUGCAGGUUUAUUGGCCGCCAUUUUUAUGGGAAUUGCUCCAGGUUAUAUUUCAAGAUCAGUAGCUGGUUCUUAUGAUAAUGAAGCUAUUGCUAUUACUUUAUUAAUGGCAACAUUUUACUUUUGGAUCAAAUCAAUGAAAAUUGGAUCAGUUUUCUAUGGAACUUUAACUGCCUUAUUCUAUUUUUAUAUGGUAAGUGCUUGGGGUGGUUAUGUUUUCAUCACCAAUUUGAUUCCUUUACAUGUAUUUGUAUUGUUAUUAAUGGGUAGAUAUAAUCAUAAAUUAUAUACUGCUUAUAAUACCUGGUAUGCUAUUGGAACUUUGGCUUCAAUGCAAAUUCCAUUCGUUGGAUUUUUACCAAUUAGAUCAAAUGAUCAUAUGGCAGCAUUAGGAGUCUUUGGAUUAAUUCAAUUGGUAGCUUUUGGUGAUUAUAUUAAAUCACGUAUUCCAGAAAAACAAUUCAAAACCUUCUUAACAGUUUCAAUGAUUUUAAUUGCUGGUCUUGGAAUUGGUGGUUUAAUUGGUUUAACUGCAUUAGGUUGGAUUGCUCCUUGGACUGGUAGAUUCUAUUCUUUAUGGGAUACUAGUUAUGCUAAAAUCCAUAUUCCAAUCAUUGCAUCAGUUUCAGAACAUCAACCAACUGCUUGGCCUGCUUUCUUCUUUGAUACUUCAAUGUUAAUUUGGUUAUUCCCUGUAGGAGUUUAUUUAUGUUUCCAAGACUUGAAAGAUGAACAUUUAUUUGUUAUUAUUUAUGGUGUUUUAUGUUCAUAUUUUGCUGGUGUUAUGGUUAGAUUAAUGUUGACUUUAACUCCUAUAAUUUGUGUUUCAGCUGCUAUUGCUAUUAGUAAAUUAUUCGAUGUUUACUUAGAUUUAUCAGAAUUUUGGCAUUCAUCUUCAUCAACAAGAACUAAAUUAUUUACUGGACUUUCAAAACUUUUAGUUUUAUCAUCAUUUACUUAUUAUUUAUUCUUCUUUGUUUAUCAUUGUACUUGGGUAACUUCCAAUGCUUAUUCAUCACCUUCAGUUGUUUUAGCUUCUAAAAAUCCUGAUGGUUCACCUGCUAUUAUCGAUGAUUAUAGAGAAGCUUAUUAUUGGUUAAGAAUGAAUACUGCUGAAGAUGCUAAAGUCAUGUCAUGGUGGGAUUAUGGUUAUCAAAUUGGUGGUAUGGCUGACCGUACUACUUUAGUUGAUAACAACACUUGGAAUAAUACUCAUAUUGCAACUGUUGGUAAAGCUAUGUGCUCAUCAGAAGAAGUUGCUUAUGAUAUCUUAAAACAACAUGAUGUUGAUUAUGUUUUAAUCAUCUUCGGUGGAGUUAUUGGAUUUAGUGGUGAUGAUAUAAAUAAAUUUUUAUGGAUGAUUAGAAUUAGUGAAGGUAUUUGGCCAGAUGAAAUCCAUGAAAGGGAUUAUUUCACUGAAAGAGGUGAAUACAGAGUUGACGGUCAAGCUCCAAAGGCAAUGCAAGAAUCUUUGAUGUAUAAGAUGUCUUAUUAUAGAUUCCAUGAAUUAUUCAUGGGUAGAGAUGCUGUUGACAGAGUUAGAAAUCAACAAAUUCCUAUUCAGAAUGCUCCUGAAUUAAGUGUUUUAGAUGAAGUCUUCACAAGUACCAAUUGGAUUGUAAGAAUUUAUAAAGUUAAAGAUGCUGAUAAUUUAGGUAGAGAUUUAAAGAAAGCAAGUGCUUUUGGUAAGAAUUCUAAAAAGACCAGAAUUGCUAAAAAGCCAAAAAUUGAUUUAAGAGAAUAG